AUGUCGAACGCUGCUCGCAAUUCCACUGCCCCCAGCCCACGCCCGCUGCUUGAACCCUCUGGGAACCACUCAGGAGUCCUACUCCAAGGUGCCAAUGAGUCCCAUGGUUCCUGGAACUCACCUGCCUCGACUUUGCCGCCGACCGCCGCGCCGCCUGAUGAUGCCGACGUGGCAGCCCACCCGUCCACUGGUGGCGAUUGGCCUCCGCCUGGUCCUCAGCGCCUACGGGCUCGGGCCACCGAGCCUACAUGUCUACCUGGACCGGUGGCUCCAUCGCGCACCACGCCGCUGCCGCCGUCGAUGCCGCCAACGCCGUCGUCGUUGCCUGUCAUUCGUGGGUUCACUGCUGCUACUAAGCAGCACACCAAGGCUGCAUUUGUCCCGCCCCCAGCAGACGCCAUCGAAGCGAUCCUAUUGGAGCUCUCCAAGCCCAAAAAGGAUCGCGUCGACAUUCUCGCAAAGAUCAACCUGGCUAGGCCCUACACCCCAAAGGUGGCCAUGGCUCGUUUCACGGUGGAUACUGGUGACGCACUUGCUAACCAGUCGCACGAGGCCAUUAUGUCCUCGCUCUUUGCUAGUGCGCAAACAGACACGGUGAAAUCGCUGCUUUCUGAGUUCGUCCAAGUCACUCGACUCAGACGUGGUGGAAUUAUGGUUUCAGUGACAACUUCAAAUGCCCGCAAAGCACUUGGGGGACAGACCUUGUGUAUGGGCAAGAAGUACCUCAUCCCUGUGCAGGAGGAGCACCCAUUGGACCCCCUCUGUUUCAUAGACAUUACUGGCAUCCGCGACAACUUUGAUGCAACUCAAUUCUACCGCAAGCUGACCCAGCUCGGCGUCGAUGUAGUCUACCACAGCCAUCGUGCUGUCAUUCCUGGGACUGGGUGCCACACGAACGCAUGGCGUAUCUAUUUCUCGGACGCGGCUAUCCCUGACCAAUUGCGGAUCAAUGGAGAACCAAUCAACCAAAUUAAAUACCCGCGGUUCUACUACCGUGUGUACUUCAAAGGAACUAAAGGGACUCCAUUCCAUGGGGUUAACGGAGUCUCGUCGCACUGUGUGGACAUCGAGGUAAAGCGCCCACACGAGGAAGCAACGGACGAUCAAACUGUCAACACCCCUGGCCCAAAAUCGUCGGUAAUUGGAAAUGCCAUUACGGCCACGUCAAAAAAGGCCAAAAAGAGCACCAAGCCUAUGCAACCAAAGGAAGACGUUGCGAUCACCGAGAGUAUUACCUCAGAAAUUCCGCCUCCACUUCGGCAAUUCGAUUCGACGCUUCAGCAGACUAUUCGACCCGAAAAUUCCACCGGCGCCAUCGGGCCAGUCACUAGCGAAUACGUAAGCGUGUUCGAGGAUGAUGCGGAGGCUGACAUGGACACUGAGGACACAUUCAUGGACAACAAUCAGUCGAUGGAAGUGGACGUACCGUACCAAGUGGUGUCGGGACGCAAGAAACGCAAGGAACUGACUCGCUCACCGCCAAAAACACUGGCGGAAUAUGCGACGCCGAAUUUCUUUGACGUCCUUCGCGCCUACACUGGAGGAUUUAACAACCUCCAAUGGAGGAAAGACCAGGAUAUCGUCACAAUAAUUCCUACUUUUCAUCGGCAGGAGAUAUCUGACGUGACCCGCAACCAAUGCGUCACUACAAUGCACCAAGUCCAGAGCACCCUGACAUUCGACGUCGAAUCGAUGACACUGGAGCGACUACAAACGAUUCUGGAAGAGUCAAUCAAACAACUUCAUGCUGAGGAACUUGCGGACAUGGAUCGAACCUUUGCAGAGGCGGUCGCCGAUAACCUCAGUGACCUAUCUGAGCUCGUUCUCAAGGGCCAGGCCGACAGAGUGUGGACCCAGGUCCAAAAGAAGCACCUAUCAGCCAAUGUGGCACUACAUGCCAUGGCGAAAUCUCACCCUACACAACUGGAGUCAGUGAUCAUGCCAUGGCGAAAUCUCACCCUACACAACUGGAGUCAGUGA